AUGGCUGUUGCAAGCCAUUCUUCGCCGGAAAUCAAUGUGGUCAUCAUUGGAGAAACGGGCACUGGUAAAUCAACAUUUAUCAAUUAUUUAACUAAUCUAUUUUACAAUGGUUCGCUAACAAAUCUGAAAGUUGCCAUACCUACAAGAUUUCUCAAAGCAAACAUGUCUUCUCUCAUGCCCCAACAUCAUGAGAAUGCGCUAGAAGAUUCGACACGCAGUAAAACUAGUCGAUGCACAAAGUAUACAUUCGUGGUUGAACAAGUUCAUUUCAAUUUCUUCGAUACACCUGGUAUUAACGAUACUGGGGGAUACUUGUCUGAUAAUGAAAAUGUUGAUCGAAUCUUCGAAUGUAUUCAAUCAUUGCAACAUCUGACUGCUCUGGUACUUGUUCUGAACGGUACACAAGCACGUUUGACAAUCAACAUACGAAAUGUUCUCGAACGGUUUCGCGAUCGAAUACCUGACGUUCUCUAUACGAAUGUUCUUGUUAUAUUGACUAAUUGUGCUGCACAUACGGUCAAUUUUGGUUCAGUCAAAUUGCUGAAUCACGCUCCGGUAUUUCAUAUGCAGAAUUCAGCGUUUUCCUCCGAUGGGCAAAUGUGGUCGCCACAAACACGAGAGAUUUUGCAACGCGAUUGGAAUAUAUCGAUGAAGACCAUGAAUGACUUUGUGAAAACUUUAUUAACAUUAACACCUGUUUCAACGGAUGCGUUAGAAGCUAUGGACGACGAUCGAAAUGCUAUACGAAGUGUUCUGCAUGAAAGCCGUUUAAUGAUUAUGGAGUUACAACAUAUCGAAGAUGAAUUGGCUGCAUUGGAACAAGCAUCACAUAUUUAUUCAGCCAAUAUUGAAAAAUAUGCAUCAACAACUGAUCGAUCAACAAAAUCAAUACAGGUUAACGAAAUAACCGUCACAUCGUAUCAUAAUACGAUAUGUUUAAAAUGUAAUACUGUUUGUCACGAACGAUGUUCAUUGACAGAAACCACUCAUGUCGGUGAACGUGUUUUCCGACGAUGCACUGUUAUUGUCAACGGCCGAUGUACAGUUUGUGCUGGUAAAUGUUCCUAUGAUCUGCAUUAUCAUGAUCGUCGACUGAUUAAAAACGUUCCAAGGACCUUGAAACUCGCCAUAUCAUCUGUUGCAAGCAAAUACGCCGAGGCUCGAAAAGAUAAAGCAGCGUGUGAAACAAAAUGUGAAACGGUUCAAGAAACGAAACGAAUGAUUGAAGAAGCGUUACAGGAUCAAUUUUAUAAAGUACGGGAAGGAUGUUUACGUGUCCGAAGUAACUGUCAAGGUUUUAACGUGGCUGAAGAACUGUGCAUAUUCGUAAAUUUCCUCAAAAACGAUAUUAGUUCACUACGAUCACCCACGGUAACGAGAAAAGCAACGAAAUUCAUUGAAAAACUUGAAAAGCUCGCUGAUGAACUGCAAUAUGAUGAGUCUUUAAUAUCUGUUAUUGAACAACCGUCAUCACCUAUUCCAAUAUCACCUCCAACGCCUGCUAAACGAAAAACAAUCAAUAAUAAUAAUAAUAAUAAUAAUACUAGCACUAGACAAUCAUCGAAAACAUCUCAAAUGCAAACGAUAUCACCAUCUAAUGAAGAUUUAAUUCAAAUCGAUUCUUCACCUACUUCAUCUUUGAUUGUCCAAGUCAAUCGCCUUUUCAAUGGUUCACAUAGUUCACUAAAUGCCAUGAACGAUAUUUCAUUAGUCGAUGAUGAAGAACAGCGAAAGAAGAAGUUACCCAUUAUGAAUACGCGUGAAAUCAUUCAUCGGCUGCAACCUGCUCAACAACAAACAUCAGAUUCGAAUAAAACACGUAAAUAUUCGGAAUAUCCAACUGAACGUCUGCUUAAUUUAAGUCGCGAAUCAACGGAAGAAUGCAAAUUGAUUGCUAAAGAGUUAAAUCGCCGUUGUGGUGGCACAUCCAUUGGUUAUCUAUCACCUGGUCAACUCUUAGUUCUAUGUGAAUACUAUUCCUCCGCACGUUUAUUACAAUUAGAUGAACUAGUACGUUUGCAUGCGCAACUUCAAUCCGAUGUACAACAAUUGACUGAUCAAGAUCCAUUUGAAAUACUCUCUGUGCCCGUAGACAAAUUAUUACAUUUAGCUGCUGUGACACUUUGCUUACAAAAUUCUACAAAAUAUUCUUAA